GGCGGCGGCGGCGCGGGAUGAACGGGACGGGCCGGGCGCACGGGAGCGACGGGGCAGCGCUGCCGGCCGGGGCUCGGCCGCUGGUCAGCGCCCUCAUGUUCUCGGCCGGGCUCCUGGGCAACCUCCUGGCGCUGGGGCUGCUCCUGCGCGGCCGCCGCGGGCCCCGGCAGCGCCCGCCCGCGCUGUUCCACGUCCUGGUGCUGGCCCUGGUGGUCACCGACCUGCUGGGCACCUGCUCCGUCAGCCCCUUGGUGCUCGCUUCCUACCACCGCAACCUCACCCUCACCAGCCUGGCCCGCGGGGGGCACCUCUGCCUCUACUUCGGCUUCGCCAUGAGCUUCUUCGGCCUCGCCACCAUGCUCAUCCUCUUCACCAUGGCGCUGGAGCGCUGCCUGGCCCUGGGGCGACCCUACUUCUACGAGCGCUUCCUGAGCCCCCGCACGGGGCUGGUGGCCCUGCCGGCCAUCUACACCUUCUCGGCCGCCUUCUGCUCGCUGCCGCUGGUGGGCUUCGGGCGCUACGUGCAGUACUGCCCCGGCACCUGGUGCUUCAUCCAGAUGCACCUGGAGGCGCAGCAGAGCGACGGGGAGGUGGCGGGGCUGAACGUCACCUUCUCGCUGCUCUACGCCACCCUGCUCCUCUUCCUCAUCCUCGCCGUGCUGCUCUGCAACCUGAGCGUCAUCGUGAACCUGGCCCGCAUGCACCGCCGCGGGCAGAGGACACGCCGGGUGGGCAGCCCCGAGCAGCCCCGCCUGGCCACCGCCUGCGGCCGGCGCAUGUUCUCCAUGGCCGAGGAGAUCGACCACCUCCUGCUGCUCUCCAUCAUGACCAUCACCUUCGUCAUCUGCUCGCUGCCCUUCACGAUCCGCGCCUACGUGAACAAAUUCAGCCAGGAGGAGGACGGCCACGAGCUGGACCUGCUGGCCCUGCGCUUCCUGUCCAUCAACUCCAUCGUGGACCCCUGGGUCUUCGCCAUCCUGCGGCCGCCGGUGCUGCGCCUCAUGCGCGCCGCGCUCUGCUGCCGGCUGCCGCCCGCGGCCCCGGACAGCCGGACGGUGUCGUCGGCCGUGACGAAGCCGGUGGCCCGGCCGGAGCUCUGCGGGCAGUAG